AGCAGCAUAUUGAGCGGACGCAUUUGCUCCCCUGCUUUGAUUAUACCCAUUGCUCAACAGCCGGUUUCCCUAUCGUUCUCGGAACUAAAGGCCGGUUUAAAGCUGGAGAGCCACCCGCGAUGAGAGCCGAUGAGGAUAAUCUGUACCGGGAGCAACUGCCCAAUGUGGGCUCGCUUAUCAGGGAUGGCGGUCGCAAGCUGUGUCGUCCGUCCACCGUGACCAACAAGUUCCCGAUCCUGAAGUGGCUUCCUCGCUACCGCUUGGAGUACAUCAUGCAGGACUUCAUCGCGGGAUUCACGGUGGGCCUAACAACCAUUCCACAAGCGAUUGCCUACGGAGUGGUGGCCGGCUUGGAGCCGCAGUACGGGUUGUACUCGGCCUUCAUGGGCUGCUUCACAUACAUCGUGUUUGGUUCCUGCAAGGAUGUCACAAUUGCCACUACCGCCAUCAUGGCUCUAAUGGUCAACCAGUAUGCCACGAUUAGUCCGGAUUACGCGGUGCUGGUGUGUUUCCUAGCUGGUUGCAUUGUACUUGUUCUUGGAUUGCUCAACAUGGGUGUGCUGGUCAGGUUUAUCUCGAUUCCCGUAAUCACUGGCUUCACGAUGGCGGCAGCCACCACAAUUGGUAGUGCCCAGAUCAACAACAUCGUGGGUCUGACCAGUCCUUCAAAUGAUUUACUGCCCGCCUGGAAGAAUUUCUUCACCCACUUGACGUCAAUUAGGCUCUGGGAUGCCCUGCUGGGUGUCUCAUCUCUGGUGUUCCUGCUGCUCAUGACGCGUGUUAAAGACAUCAAAUGGGGCAACCGCAUAUUCUGGAAGUACCUGGGUCUUUCCCGCAACGCUUUGGCUGUGAUCUUUGGCACCUUCUUGGCCUAUAUCCUCAGUCGAGAUGGGAAUCAGCCCUUCCGGGUCACUGGAAACAUUACGGCCGGAGUGCCGCCCUUCCGGCUGCCCCCCUUCAGCACCACUGUAGAUGGAGAGUACGUGUCCUUCGGCGAGAUGAUCAGCACUGUCGGCGCUUCCUUGGGUUCCAUACCCUUGAUCUCGAUCCUGGAAAUAGUCGCCAUAUCAAAGGCAUUUUCCAAGGGAAAAAUUGUGGACGCAUCGCAGGAAAUGGUGGCACUGGGCAUGUGCAACAUCAUGGGCAGCUUUGUGCUCUCCAUGCCCGUAACUGGAUCCUUUACCCGUACGGCUGUGAAUAAUGCCAGUGGUGUGAAGACACCAUUGGGAGGAGCGGUCACCGGUGCCCUGGUGCUCAUGGCACUGGCUUUCCUUACCCAAACGUUCUACUUUAUACCCAAAUGCACGCUGGCUGCAAUCAUCAUAGCAGCCAUGAUAUCGCUAGUGGAGCUGCACAAGAUUAAGGACAUGUGGAAAUCCAAAAAGAAGGAUCUGUUUCCCUUUGUGGUUACUGUUAUCACCUGCAUGUUCUGGAGUUUGGAAUACGGAAUACUGUGUGGCAUUGCUGCCAACAUGGUAUACAUUCUGUAUAGCAGUGCACGUCCCCAUGUAGACAUCAAACUGGAGAAGAUCAAUGGACAUGAAGUGAGCGUGGUGGAUGUGAAGCAAAAGCUGGACUACGCAUCGGCUGAAUAUCUCAAGGAGAAGGUGGUGCGCUUCUUGAACAACACGAAUGGCGAGACCCAGUUGGUGGUUAUCAGAGGCGAGGAGAUCAACUCCAUUGACUACACAGUGGCUAUGAACAUUGUCUCGAUGAAGGGCGAUCUGGAGGCCCUGAACUGCGGCAUGAUUUGCUGGAACUGGAACAUCGCCUCCGCCGGAGUCGUGUGUCGACUCAACAACGAUCUCCGUCCCAUCUUCAAGUUCGAUUUGUCGCUCGAGGAGGUGGUAGCUGGCCACUUCGAUAGUCCCUCCAACACGGCCUCCACCGUUACCAUCGACGCCUGAGGAACCUAGUUGAUUAUCACUAACGUAUAAGCUGAAAGUAUUGCAUCAAGAUAACAAUUAUACGAAAUUUCAUUUAAGC